GGAGCAGGGCGCCGGGGAGGACCGGCCGCCGCGGACAGGCUCUGAUGCUGGUCUCUGGUGGAAGGAGGUUGCUCACGGCUCUGCUGCAGGCUAGGAAGGGGUCCCUUCAGCCCUCCAGACACAUGAGACUGGUGCAGUUCCAGGCACCCCACCUGGAGGGGCCUCACCUGGGCUUGGAGUCAGGGGACGGGGGAGGGGUCAUCGAUCUCAAUGCCUUUGACCCCACCCUCCCCAAGACGAUGACGCAGUUUCUGGAGCAGGGAGAAGCCACCCUCUCCGUGGCAAGGAGGGCUCAGGCUGCCCAGCUACCUGUCCUGCCGCGGUCAGAGGUGACCCUCCUGGCCCCAGUCACGCGGCCAGACAAGGUGGUGUGUGUGGGCAUGAAUUAUGUGGAUCACUGCAAAGAACAGAACGUGCCUGUGCCCACGGAGCCCAUCAUCUUCAGCAAGUUUGCCAGCUCCAUCGUGGGAUCCUACGAUGAGGUCGUCCUCCCACCUGAAAGCAAGGAGGUGGACUGGGAGGUGGAGCUGGCCGUGGUCAUUGGGAAGAAAGGCAAGCACAUCAAGGCCACAGAUGCCAUGGCUCACGUGGCCGGCUUCACUGUGGCUCAUGACGUGAGUGCUCGUGACUGGCAAAUGAGACGCAAUGGGAAGCAGUGGCUAUUAGGAAAAACCUUCGACACCUUCUGCCCCCUGGGCCCUGCCUUGGUGACCAAGGACAGUAUAGCAGAUCCACACAACUUGAAGAUCUGCUGCCGACUCAACGGGGAGGUGGUCCAGAGCAGCAACACCAACCAGAUGGUGUUUAAGACGGAAGAGCUGAUAGCCUGGGUCUCCCAGUUUGUCACCCUUUACCCAGGGGACAUCUUCCUGACUGGGACGCCCCCAGGUGUUGGUGUAUUCAGGAAACCGCCUGUCUUUCUCAAGAAGGGAGAUGAAGUCCAGUGUGAGAUCGAAGACCUGGGGGUCAUCAUCAACAAGGUGGUGUGAUGGCCCCUGUGCAGGCCUGGGACUUAACACGAGCUGGAGGCAUCCACGUCUAUCCAGCCAGGCACGGGGAAGGGCCUGGGACCAGACAUGGGCGGGUGCCAACCUCUCAAGGUUUCUCUAGGUAGGAAGAAGACAGAGUUCUCCUUAAUAAAUUUGUCGGGCCAAACGGCA